AUGGUGUCGUGGAAUGACGGCGAGACGAGCUCGGAUUCGGUGUCGCUGCUGCCACACGAGGUCGAUAUGGAACCAUAUCGCCCAGCAACAAUAGAGGACAGGGAUUGGUCAGGCAUUGAUGCCACUGGAAAGCACCUUUGCAAGCAUGGGAAUGCUCCUGAGAGGCUUGUUGUGUUCGAUGGGCUGAACACUGGCCGUAGAUUUUAUGGUUGCGCCGAGAAGGAGGGUAACAAUUGUGGUGUUGUGGAAUGGGUGGACAAUGAAUGGCCUUAUGCACUAAAGAAUUCAUUGACAAAACUCUGGGCUUUGUAUAAGGAGGCCAAGGCAGGCAGAAUUAGAGAUAAUUUAGCUAAUGAGGAGAAGAUCUCUAAGUUAGAAGCAGAAGUGAAGAUAGUAGAGGAAAAGUACAACCAUCACAUUCAGCUUACCAAGGACUUUUGUGAAUCUGUUCAGAAGUCUGUGCACAAGGAGAAUUAUAGGAAAAUAAUGAUGGAUGUGGAUGAGGAGAAGACACCUCUAGAUGCAGCUGACAAGAUGAUCAAGUUAGAGAAAGAGAACUUUGAUCUAAAGAAGGAGGUUGAAAUGGCUGAAGAGGUUGCUGCUGAGCUCAAAAAGGAGAAGAAAAAACUUGAAUAUAGCUUACAUGACCUUUGGAAGGUUGGAGAGGAGAACAAGAGGAAGUUGAAGAUGAUGAAGGCAAUCUUGGAGGAGUGA